GAGACAGGAAGUGGGAUGCAGGACUAGCGCCGGAGCCUGACAUGUGGAAAUCCGCCGCUGGGCACUCUCUCUCCAUCUCCACUGAUGAGACAGACGACUGGGAGACUGAUCCAGAUUUUGUGAAUGAUAUAAAUGAGAAAGAACAGAGAUGGGGAGCGAAAACUGUGGAGGGGUCUGGACAUCAAGAACACAUCAAUAUCCAUCAGUUGCGGGAUAAUGUGUCUCAUGAACAUCAGGAAAUAAAGGAGAAGGAGUUAGAGACCGGGCCUAAAGCGUCUCAUGGCUACGGAGGGAAGUUCGGUGUGGAGAAGGAUCGCAUGGAUAGGUCGGCUGUCGGCCAUGAAUAUCAGACCAAGCUCUCCAAACACUGCUCACAGCUGGAUUCCACAAAGGGCUUUGGAGGAAAGUUUGGGGUUCAGACCGACAGAGUGGAUCAGUCUGCUGUGAACUUUGAAUACAAGGGGAAGACAGAAAAACAUGCAUCCCAGAAAGAUUAUGCCACUGGCUUUGGGGGCAAAUAUGGAGUCCAGGCUGAUCGAGUGGAUAAAAGUGCCCUUGGCUUUGACUACAAGAGUAAGACUGAAAAGCACGAGUCCCAGAAAGAUUAUACCACUGGCUUUGGAGGGAAGUUUGGUGUACAGGCCGACCGUGUGGACAAGAGUGCAGUCGGAUAUGAUUACCAGGGGAAAACUGAGAAACAUGAGUCGCAGAAAGAUUAUUCAAAAGGUUUCGGUGGUAAAUAUGGCGUUGACAAAGAGAACGUGGACAAGAGCGCUGUUGGGUUUGACUACCAAGGAAAAACAGAGAAGCACGAAUCACAGAAAGACUAUGUGAAAGGGUUUGGAGGCAAGUUUGGUGUGCAGACAGACAGACAGGACAAGUGUGCUCUUGGCUGGGACCAUCAGGAAAAGCUUCAGCUGCACGAGUCCCAAAAAGAUUACUCCCAGGGAUUUGGUGGAAAGUACGGCGUGCAGAAGGAUCGUAUGGAUAAGGCUGCAGCAUCCUUUGAAGAUGUAGAGAAAGUGUCUUCAUCCUACCAGAAGACCCGGCCGGUAGAAGUUGAAGGAAGCAAAGCCAGCAGCAUCAGAGCAAACUUCGAAAACCUGGCCAAAGAUAAAGAGCAGGAGGACCGGAAAAAGGCAGAGGCCGAGCGAGCACAGAGAUCGGAGCGUGAGAGGCGUGAGCAGGAGCAGGCCCGGAGGGAGCAGGAGCAAGAGCAGGCCCGGAGGGAGCAAGAGCAGGCCCGGAGGGAGCAGGAGCAAGAGCAGGCCCGGAGGAAGCAGGAGGAGGAGGAAAAUGCUAAGCCUCCCACCCCUCCCGCGUCUCCUAAAGCCUCUGUCAAAGUACCAGAGAGUCCAAUCUACGAGGAUGCCUCCCCCGUGUACGAGCGUGAGCCGCAUAGAGCACCCCCUGUGUCUGAACCUGUGUACGCCGAGGAGUCGGACUACCAAGAUGCCGAGGGGCACAAGGAGGCGGAGCCAGAGGCAGUGUAUGAGUCGACAGAUUACCAGGACGUGGAUAAUACGUACGAUGAAUACAACGAAGACCUCGGCAUCACCGCCAUCGCUCUGUACGACUAUCAGGCUGCCGGUGAUGAUGAAAUUUCCUUCGACCCUGAUGACAUCAUCACAAACAUCGAGAUGAUCGACGAGGGCUGGUGGAGGGGUCUCUGCAAGGAACGCUACGGCCUCUUCCCGGCCAAUUACGUGGAGCGUCCUCAGUAAGGCGCCUGCCGGCGCUCUCAUCGUUAGCCAAGGGGGGGAGGGGCCUACAACACAGCACCCUAUUGUUUUUUUUUCUAUUUUGGCUGCCUUGGGUAACCAGCGGCACUCGGGCCCCCUCGGCUGCUUUGCAGGCUCCUCCCCCUGCGCUGAGUGUUGCCAUGACUACGCUGGAUCCUUACACUACAAAUCAUGAGUUUCUGGAGAGGGUUUAGAUUUUUUUUUUUUAAAUAGAAUGUUUUUGGGGUUUUUUUCCUCUGGCUUUUAUCGAGCAGUUUACUCUGUGGGCAAACGGUUCUUUUAAUGACUAUUAACCCAUUCGCUGCCAGAUGUGCCUCCGCUUCCUGGGACAAAUCUCUUUACAUCUCGUGCUCUUUUUAAGCGCCAGCGUUUUGGUUCCUCAUCUCGUCAGCGCCCGACUGAGGCUCCUCUUUCUUUCCGUCUCAUUCAUUGUAAUCAGUGGCUGAUUGUCACCCCCCAUUAUUGUUACCCCCAGAUACAGAACAUUCUGCAGGGGAGCCGUCUAAUUGGAUGAUCAAGGAGGGACCCCUUAUGAACCCCAAAUCCCCUUCUUUAUUUCUGCUCUUUGCUUGCCCUUUAGAGUGACCAAUCUCGCAUUGUGCAUCAUUGCCGACAAAGAGACGCACUGUGCGUUCCGCCAUUUUUUUUUUAGCAAAUAGAAUCCUUCUACCGGAUCAGACUGUGAUUGGCCAAUGCGUAUUCGUGGCCCCUAUUCGUGGCUCCUUCUCUCAAACAGGGACCCAUCAGUAUUAUCAGCGCAACAUAUUGUGCUCCUGCUGAGCUUAUUAUUUGACAACCCCCAGCAUCCUCCUAUCAGGCUACAGGGAGUUGUCGUCCUUGAACAACUGGCGUUCUAUUUUAUCAAAGUCAAAUUCAUCCCAAUCAUUUUCACUUCCUAAACUGUUAAUACGACUGUGAAACAACAGCGCCACCUGCUGGUCAUUUCAGCCUAUCGGCUGCUGCUUCACAUUCAUUGGCUGCAGAUUUUGGACCAAUAUUUAGGCCGAUAUAAACUGGUGCAGGAGAGGAGAGUGUGAGCCAAGUAGGGGGAUUUCCUUCCAGCUUUUUUUUUUUUUUCAGGGAGGGGGUGAAAUACAUAAACAUGGGUGGGUUUUUUUUAUUCUUAGUUCCUUUUAUCUGGUUUUGCAUACAGCACUUCAUGUAUCAUUUUGUAAAUGAUGCUUCAAUAAAGUUGUUUUUUUCCAA